AACGCUUCUCUGUCGAAUUUUGUAUUCAGCGGUGUGAAUGUUCGAGUUGUUUCCCUGAUUUCUUUGUUUGCAAGGUUCCUGAAAGUGAAACUGCAGUAUCUAUUGGAAAGUGUCUUUAUUUUUCUAUAUAAUACAAAGUGCCUACUGGAUAAGUGUUAAAAUUUUGUUGGAAAUUUGAUUUUUGAUAACUUUCACAAUGACAAGAGAUAUUUACUAUUCGGACAAGUAUUACGACGAGGAACAUGAGUACAGGCAUGUGGUGUUACCAAAGGAAAUGGUGAAACUAGUUCCCAAAAAUCAUUUAAUGUCAGAACAAGAAUGGCGGAGCAUUGGAGUGCAGCAAAGUCAAGGAUGGGUUCACUAUAUGACGCACCAACCCGAGCCUCAUAUUUUGCUGUUUCGCCGAAAAAAGACCACCCCUCCAGAGAAGAAGUGACGACUUUUGUGGUUUGCUUGUGAAUAAGUUUUAGUUCAUAGUUAUCAAUUGCCCAUAGCAGGUAAUGUCUAAUAA